CGUUUCCGGCGCCGCCGCCCGCCCCGCUGCCUCAGCGGGAGGAUGCUCCGGUUCCGCCGCGUGCUCAGGCCACUCGGGGCGGGACCUGGCGCUCGGGCCUCCGCCCCGCUCCACGCGGGCGCCGCGAUGCCGAAGAAAGCCGGUGCGACGAGCAAGGACAAAAGCCAGAGCAAGGAGCCAGAGAAACCACUUCCUCCCCUGGGCCCCGUGGCAGUGGAUGCCAAAGGCUGUGUCACCAUAGCCAUCCAUGCCAAACCGGGCUCUAAGCAAAAUGCCGUGACAGAUGUGACGGCCGAAGCUGUCAGCGUGGCCAUCGCAGCGCCUCCGUCGGAGGGAGAGGCCAACGCCGAGCUCUGCCGCUACCUCUCCAAGGUCCUGGGGCUCAGGAAGAGCGAUGUGGUUUUAGAUAAGGCCUUCCUAUUCCAAGACACAACAACAGUGAAAUUAGGCCAGUUUAUAACCUGACAAUGGCCUUGACGUGUUCAAGCGAAAGGAAGAGCCGCACGUCUCUCACUUUAAAUCAA